AUGUCCAAGGCAAAGAUCGCCGUCAUCUCCUACUCCCUGUGGGGACACGUGGCAGAGCUGGCCAAGGAGGCAGCCGAGGGAGCCCGCGCCACAGGCGCCGACGUCACCGAAUACCAGAUUGCGGAAACGUUUUCGCCCGAGGUGCUGGUCAAAAUGAAGGCCGACAAAAGCCUCACGAAAGACCUGCCUGUGCUCAAUGCCCAGGACCUCAAGAACUUUGAUGGUCUGGUGUUUGCCUUCCCCACCCGUUUUGGACGCGCACCGGCUCAGGUCAGCGCUCUCUUUGACCGCACCGGUGGCCUGUGGGCCUCUGGGUCGCUGCUCGGGAAGCACGUCACGAUGAUCACUUCUGCGGGCACGCAGCACGGGGGUGUCGAGACGACUGCUCUGACUACGUUUCCAUUUUUUGUCCAUCACGGCAUGAUUUACGUCCCGAUCGGCUUUCAAUUCCCAGAGCUCUCCGAGAUCAGCGAGAUCACUGGCAUAAGUCCCUACAACGCUGCGACAGUUGCCGGGGGCAACAACUCGCGCCGGCCCACGGAGAAGGAGCUCCGCGUCUCCAAGGCCCAGGGCACGUACUUUGCUGAGAUCGUCGGCCAAUUUGUCCGCGGCAAGAUCUGA